UUUUUAAAGAUGAUAAGCCUUUGAAGAAUAUAAUAAAUCAUUUCAAUACUGAGAAAACAACUCUUACAGCUUGGUUUAAAGCUAAUGCAAUAUAUCCAGAAGCAAGAGGGCUUAUUUAUGCAGACUUUUCAACUCACACUUUCAAAGAAGCAUAUAUAGCAUUAGGCUUAUUGCAAGAUGAUGAAGAAUGGAAUCAAUGCUUAGCAGAAGCUAAACAAAUACAAUCAGGAGCACAAUUAUGUUAUUUGUUCGCAACUCUACUGAUAUUCUGCAACCCGACUAGACCUGAAAUACUUUGGAAAAACCACAUUUCAGCACUCAGUAAUGAUAUUCUUUUUCAAGUUUGCUAUAACACAGGAAAUAUGAUGCUUGAGCUUAUGGAUGCUAAUAUAUAUAAUAGGGCACUUCAUUAUCUACAAACUAUCUUAAACAGACACAAAAGACAUCUUGAUGAAUUUCUGAACAUGUCCCUCCCUACUACUUUUCUUAAUAAUGAACAAAUUAAUCAUUUGAUAAGUGAAGAACAACAAUAUGAUAUAGAAGAACUUACUAAACUUAUUGAAAAUAAUCUUCUCUGCCUAAAUAUAGAACAGCAAGCCAUGUAUAUAAGUAUUAUUGCCGCUAUGGAAGCUAGAAUUUCUUCUAGAUAUGUAAAGGUAAUGAGGUUAAAGACAAACAUGCGCCUCCUUCAAUCUGCUAAUGAGCCAGAUGCUAAAGCACAAGAAGAAUUUGCCAAAUGGCUACUUAAAAUUGGAGAGGGUCACAUUCCUUCUAUCAAUAGAUUGGAAAAAGACAUAAUCCAAAUUCUCAGAAACUUUGUUUUACCAUCUCAAGAUAUUAAUAGCUUGAUCCACUUUGUUUAUCCUAAUCUUUUUUUGCAUUCUAAUUCUUGGUAUUUGGUUGAAUAUGCAAUACUUACCUCGAAGAAUGACUAUGUCGAUGUUAUUAACUUUACAAUUAUGUCUCAAUUUUCUGGUGAGGCAGUCGAGUAUCUCAGUGCUAACACAACUGAAAAACAUACUGAGUCAGAGCAUCAAUAUCUAAUAGAAUUUCUUAACUCAUUAUCUGCUGGAG